AUGGCUGCGAUGGAUGUCGGCGCAGACGUUGAACCCGCUGAACCUUGCAAUGAAGACCUCGCAAGGGAAGCGGGUUUACAUUUCAGCGACCUAAGCCAAGUGGAGCGCGAUAUGCUCCUUCGAGCUCGCGCGGCAGGCGUUCCUGCGUACGACAGCGGGCCGCUGGCCGCACCGUCGGAGAGCGAAGCCUCGUUGUCGACGGAAGGCGAGGCGGCCAGUCAGCCAAGCGAAGACGUCGGUGAAGAGUUUCAUUCGCGACUCAUCCGUACUGACUGGUGCGACUGUGGACAUUGCGUGGUGCUGGACAACUUUAGCGAGGAGGAAUGCCUUUGCUGUCGAGAGAUGGGAGAGCCUGUCGCUGCUGCGCAGCCUGAAGGAUGCAUCACGGAGCACCCGGAGUUCCACCUCUUGUGUCUCAACAUAGCUGUGCUCCGUGUUGCGUACUUCGAACUGCGGGCGCGCAGGGACUGCAUGGACGAAGACAUCCACAAGAGAUAUCGCUACACUGCCUACAGGCAGUUCGUCCGCUGGCUGUGGGGUCGCCUUGGUAGAGGUCACCGCUUCGUUCUACCCUCAUGCGUUGUGGCCAAAAUUCGGGGCACAUUCCCCACAGAGACCCCAACAGGCUUCAAGUAUCCAGAAUACUAGAAGAGUGCAAAUGAAUGAGCAGGCUGUGCAAACAGCACACUCAGUGCCACAUCGUGCGUGUGUGCGUCGUUUAGCAAGUGAAAGCUUUCGUGUGAUAUCACUCCUUGGAACGUCUGUGGCAGUCAAAAACGGCAUUUGCAACGUUUCUGCAGUCUACAGGCAUGCUCUGCUCGGCAUGAGGACCAGCUGUGCAACUCUGGUCUUCCUCACCGAAUUUGCCCCAGAAGACAUUGUGCGUGUCACCAUUCCUGUGUGUGCCAUUUAGCAAGUGAAAGCUUUCGUGUGAUGAUAUCACUCCUCGGGAUGGUUGUGGCCGUUAAAAAUGGCACUCGCAACGUUUCUACAGGUAUACUCUGCUCAGCAAUGGUAUCAGCUGUAACUUGAGUCUUUAUUGGUGCCUUUUCAGUGAAGUCCAGUGGGGUCUUCAUGUGUGUUAUAGCGUAAGUUGGCUAUUCAUUCAUUGGCACUUUUGCAGUGAAGUCCCAUGGGACCUGCAUGUGUGCUAUGGUCUUAAAUUGUCACGAUUUGUCCAGCUUGUGUUGCUUAGAAUGAAUCAAUAAUUUUAUGAUACAUUAGCUAUGGCUAUUUGGUUAGGAGGCAUUUGAGUUUAGGGAAGGAACUGACAUAACAUGGUGAAUGCCCACCUCAUGUGCAGACUCCCGCAGAAACAGUAGCAUGUCUUGGGCUUGACUGUCAUCGUUUUGCAAGCCCCAGACUUUGAAGGUUACAAUGCAAGGUACGCGAGAGAGAACAGGAACGUCGACAGGAGAAGCCAGCAGCAGUACUAGUGCAGAGGCACUAAAAGGGCUGAUAAAAUGUUUGCAAGAACAAGUGAGGUGCAGAAAAUCACUACGAAGUUUUGAAGAUAGUGAAGACAAAAGCUCGCAGAAAAUGGACUGACAGAUCAGACUACACGAGCAAGACUUCCGCAUUUCAAAGCUUGGUCACAAAACGUCGUUGCUUCUGUAAUCUAAAUAGCCACAGCACUGAAGACUGUCGGAGGUCA